GCAACGAUUUUAUCCAUCAAAGUUUGGUGUCAAAAACUUCAGGCAGGUGUGAAAAAGGUCUCCUCGCGAUUUAAUUUGCUUUUUUUUCUAAUAAAUUGGGUGGUCCUGCCAGCAUUCUGUGCCCUACGUCGUAUUGGAAAGUGGAUGUAGAGAAAGGAGCGGUGCGCUGUGCUCGUUGGGAAUGAAUAAGAACGAUGUAAAUAGGCGUGUUUUAGUGAUAAAGGCGAAAAAGAAGAGGCACAAGCCAAACAAAAAGAAAACCAAGGGCCAAAACGAGGAGCACGUCAGCGAAAGCAACACAGUGACAUCUCAGGAUUUCGAGGAAGUCGGCGAACCCGAGAGCCCAGCUCUUGCGGAACCAUCGCACAGUUCAUCCAAUGAGACCAUUGAGGACUUUGACAAAUACACGAGUGAAGAGGAGGAGCAGGAGAGCCGUGAGGACUACUGCAUCGGUGGCUAUCAUCCCGUGAAGAUUGGAGAUCUCUUCCAGGGGCGCUACCACGUGGCGCGAAAGCUCGGCUGGGGUCACUUUUCCACCGUCUGGCUAUGCUGGGACCUCACGGACAGGCGCUAUGUUGCCCUGAAAAUCGUCAAGUCGGCCCCGCACUUCACGGAAACGGCCAAGGAUGAGAUAAAGAUCCUCAAAGCAGUGCGGGAUAGCGAUCCAGCCGAUCCGAAUCGCAACAAGACCGUACAGCUGCUCAAUGACUUCAAAAUCACCGGCGUCAACGGGACCCACAUCUGCAUGGUGUUCGAAGUGCUCGGGCAUAAUCUCCUCAAGCUCAUCCUCAAGUCCAACUACCGCGGUAUCCCCCUACCAAAUGUCAAGUCCAUCAUCCGCCAAGUGUUGCAGGGUCUCGACUAUCUCCAUCGCAAGUGCAAGAUCAUCCAUACGGACAUUAAGCCCGAGAACGUACUUAUCUGCGUGAAUGAUCAGCACAUUAAGAAGUUAGCGUGCGAAGCCACGGAAUUGCAUGCGAUGGGCCUCAAGUUGCCCUAUUCUCUCAUCUCGACGGCACCGCAGCAAUUCCAGGAGCCCCCAAUAACGGGGAAAUUGAGCAAGAACAAGAAGAAGAAGCUAAAGAAGAAGGCAAAGCGUCAGAGUGAACUGAUUAGGAAGCAAAUGGAGCAGCUGCACGAGAUGGAGGCUAUCACGGAGGAGGACAAGACAACACCACCAGCAGAGGCGGCUGACGAGGAGAAGAGUCAGGACACAGAGUCAACGGCACCGGCUAAAACUAAUGAUGAAUCUCCAUCAGUUCCCUCACCUGAUUCACCAUCGACCCUCCUCAAUGGCAGAGCAUCCACCGAAGAAGCUCCUGCAAGUGAGAGGGACGAUGAGGAGGCAGCGGGUGCGGAAAAGACGCCCGAGAAUGCGGGAGAAGUUGGCGGAAAUGAGAAUGAUGGGGAUGAAGAGAAGAAGGUGUUGGGUGAGAAGGAAGAUGAGAAUCAGGUACAGUAUCAAAUGGAUCCGGCAUUCGACGUGUGUGAUAUUGAGGUGAAAAUUGCGGAUCUUGGGAAUGCAUGCUACGUGGAUAAGCACUUCACGGAGGACAUCCAGACGCGUCAGUAUCGUUCAAUUGAGGUCAUCCUGGGAUGUGGCUAUGAUACAUCAGCUGACAUCUGGAGCACUGCGUGUAUGGCGUUCGAAUUGGCCACGGGGGAUUAUCUCUUUGAGCCGCAUUCAGGGCAGAAUUACUGUCGCGAUGAAGAUCACAUUGCCCACAUGAUUGAGCUACUUGGGCCAAUACCGCACAAAUUGGUGUUUGGUGGGUCAAUGUCACAGGUGAUUUUCAACAAGAAGGGCGAACUGAAGCACAUUACGGGGCUGAAACCGUGGGGACUUGUGGCUGUUCUCACGGAAAAGUACGAAUUCUCCUAUGAGGAUGCGUACAAGUUUGCCGAUUUUCUCCUACCGAUGCUGAGAUAUGAUCGUGAUGAGCGAGCAUCUGCCCAGGAGUGCCUCCAGCAUCCUUGGCUUCAGUCACCGUGAAGGUAACACUACCCUUCUCUUUUUUUAUAAUGACACACACAAACAACUUUUUAGUGAAAAUGAUUGAAAAUUAGAUGAUUUAAAAAAAAAUAAUGGAAAAAAUCCAAAAUUUGUAGUGAGAAGGAAGGAAAUGAAAAAAAAAAGAUUAUGGCUAACCUUUUAAUGCCUGAAGAAGAUUCAUGGUGAAAGACAUUUGAGUGGUAAAUUUUAUGUAUAGUAAAAAGAAAAGAAAAAUUAUGAAGAAUUCUUUUUAAUUUAUGUCAAAUUGAAGAAAUAAUAAAACUUUUAUCAUUUUCACACAGAAAACAAA